AGGAACGGGCUGGUCCUGCUCUUUGAAGACUCUGUGCUUUCCUCCAACUCUGGUAGCUACUCAGACGAGGGCAACUACUCUUCCUUAUAAGUACCUGUACAAAUAAGACAACAGAAGUUAACUUUUAUCUGUCGCCACUUUUUAUACCAUCAACGAAGCCAAAGUCAAGUGGAGCGCAAGGAAAAGGAUAAGGGUCCUCAAACUGCAAACGUUGGCGCACGCUUGCUAGCAAGCACACUUUGGGUUUUUCUAAUCCGGCUGCGCUUUCCCUUUCUCAAGGACCCGCACUUUAGUUUUCUACGCUUUGACAACUCUCCCUUCAACAUUUAUCAAUCAGAGCUGCGAGGUUACGAUUACCGUGCGGAGGGACACAUCAGAAGUAUUUAGUAAAAAAUACAGCAAGAACUACAACAGCCUUAACCCUGAAUCUCAGUCCUCCCGCGACACACGGCGCUGUCAAAAAAUGUCGGGCUUUCGACACAAGAACCUCAACUCCUCUACUGCUGUCCGCCUGUUGCUCACGACCGGGGUGUUGGUGUAUGGCUUUCUGGCUCUUUUGGGAGUCGAUGGCAGGCUUCAGCCCAAGUUGUCAGCCGAAGGUGCAACGCAGAUCGAGUUAUCCACCUUAGGCGGAAAGAAGCUUGACUUGCCGAGUGACAUGCCCUGCUCCGACGCCGCGAUCAAGCUCUACGACAUGCUCGGCUCGCAAUUCCGAGUCGGGGGUAAGAUUGUUGGGGGCGAUCAGCAGAUGGACAUUGAUUCAUGGUUAGAUGACAAGAAUAAAAACCCCUUCAUGGUUUUACAUGAUGAACGCCUUUUAGGCGAAAAAAUUGCCGAGCUCAACCCCCCGGCUGGUGCGGCCAUAAAUGUGAUAGCACGACAUUUGGAUGAAAACGAACGAGACCUCUAUUUCGUAUCAACUGCAAAUGCGUGGUCUACUAGAAGAGUGCAGGACGCGUUUCCAUACUGCAUUGGCUCAUGCAUGCUUGUACAUAGGGCGUUCUUGCCGGGUGCGCCUCGGGCCGAUAGAGAGGUAGAAGAGCCAGCGCACGAAGCAAGGCGCGUCACCCGUCACCGACAAACAACACGGACACGGGCGCGCUGCCUUUUCCGAUGAAAAGGAGCGCUCGGAGCUCGGCUGGCUCCCACACCACGGUAGGAACGCGGGCAGCGCGGCCCAGCCGGGGUUGGUGAUCGGUGUCGGUGGCAUCCACAUGGGGGGCCACACAGAAUUGGUCGGGGGCCCACCGGGGCGAGGUUGCGCGGCCCGCCGAACAACAGACGGCGAAGACACCCUGUUGGCGCCCAGC